AUGGUCACCGACCUCGCCUUAACAGCCACUUUGGACCAGCCUCCGUGCGACACGGUCUCGUCUGCACGCCUCUUGUUCGGCCGCAAGGACAACCUUCCAGUUCAGUUUGAGGAAGUUUAUCAGGACGCCAAUGAUCGUCGCCGCGUGCUCGCCCGCGUCGUGCGUUACCAGCUUCCUGGCAGUUUCAACCCACGCAACGCCGCCUCUCAAAACGAAGUUUUCGAUCACCUCCUAACUCAACUUGAGAUGGCGCUGGGCAAAUGGCCACCCUCGGAAGCUCCUGCUCUCACGUUUCCCCCGCCCAUGGGCAAACAACGCUAUGUGGACAUUUUGUUCGCCACUAAUGGUCACUUCGAGCGUGGAAAGCAUCUGGCGAUGGAAUGGAGUGGCAAAGCGGUCACUCCUUUCGUCUUCGGUCUUCCCUUGCCCCCUUCGGACGUUGUUGUCACCAUCGAUCAGCAACAGGAAUCACCGGCGUUUCACACACGCAAGGCGCUCCUGACAAUGAUUCGGAUGUACAAUGGUAUUCAUUGCCUGCCCGAUCGCUCCAGCGCAGGACAGAGUCGCCCUCAGCCACUCGAAGCCAUCGCCAUCUGGGCACACCAACGCUCUAAGCCUUCUCGCAAUAUCCCUCCAACGGAUACAGGCACCGUCGUGGCCCUGCUGCGCUUCCCUCCGGACCCCAACGUCCCUACGGGUUUUCCUCAUGAGCCAGUGGCAAAUUUUCCGGGGUGGAUCAAGGUGCUGGACCGGCGUUAUGAGCUUCGCUACAAGGGACGAGAGCCUUCCUGCUCCUUUUGCAAAGAGUACCGCCCGGACCCAGCCUUACGCCACGAGAAUGACGACUGCCCCCGCAAUGGCUGCCACGUCUGUCAAUCCCGCGAGCAUCUUGCCGCCAACUGCGACCGCCGUCCAGCUCAAGAGAGCCACGCCGUUCUGCGCUUCCUCGAUGGCGCCCCUCUGGCAGCGGAGCAGGAAUAUGAUCAGCACUUGCCAAGCAGUCAGGUCGCCGCCACCAUCUCUACUCCUACUCCCUUGGUCUCUGCCCUGGGCACCCAAGCAAGCAUGCAUGCGCCGCCACUAGUGCACGUGCCUGCCAUCACCCCUCAGCCUACGUCCACUCCGCAGCUUCAAGACGCCGCCAUGGAGGAACUACUCGGGGAUGUUCUCUUUCUCCCGGGACUGAAUCCGCCUCAGGACAGCCAGCCCACCAGCCAGCUCUCCAGCCAGACAAUCUCCUCUCAGGAGCAUCCUCCUUUGGCCUCAGCCACCCUCGGCUCUCCACCUCGGACUCCUCUCAAGCGGCAUCACGCCCCGGAAAGUCCUCGCCAGGGUUCCGCUAGCCCGCAACGUAAUCGCUCUUUGUCUCCCGUGCGACCGUCUGCUUCAGGGGCUGCAAGUUCCAGCGCUCUUGUCCGCCCCCGCCUCUCCGACCGUGACGGACCCGCCAAUGACGCGCGCAAAAAGCCUACUCUCAUCUUCCGCCCCAAUUCGCCUCAAAAGAUCCGCGAGAUGAAAGAGGCUGCUCGUAAGGCUCACGAGGCUCGUCAGGCGUCGCGCACGGGGAGCCCUCCCAAGACUCACAGCCCCACUCGUCCUGCCGAGGAAGAGCUCUGA